AUGGAUUCGAUUACGGCUCAGUAUGGCGGUCGUCUCAUGGUUCCUGCGACCUCUGUCGAGCAUGAAGGAAGGGAGUGCGUUUCCGUGCUCACAUACAACGUGAUGCGCCAGAUGCACGCCACGCCCGACUACAAGCCGUACUGCGACCCUGCCGUCCUCACCGCGACCAAGCGCAAGGAGCAGAUCUUCCAGGAACUCUUGAGUUACAACGCCGACGUUCUGUGCCUCCAAGAAGUCGACGACUUUACGCUGUGGUGGGUCCCGCGGCUGAAUGAGGCUGGCUACGACAGCGUGUACCAUCAACGCACCGGCCAUUUUGACGACGGGCUUGUCAUUGCGUUCCGCCGCAUGUACUUUCAGAUCUUCCACACGUUGCGACUCGACCUCAAUGACCUUUGCAACGACCCGAGCGUCACCGCCAACUUCGCCGCCAAGCUCCAGCAAGACAACGUGGCGUUGGUUGUUGCGCUGCAGCCGUGGGAGCAGUGUCAGUUUCCCAGCGCCCUCUGUGUGGCCAACGUCCAACUGGCCAGCCAUCCCGACCUCGACCUCGUCCGGCAACACCAACUGGCCUACUUAUGUCCUCAAAUCGAAGCGUUCAAUGCCGAUUUCCACCUGCCCAUCGUCGUCGCUGGCUCGUUCAACGCCACUCCUAUGAGCCAUGUGUAUCAUACCAUGCGCACAGGGAGGCCACGACCCGCGCCAGAGCCGCCCGCCCGGAUGAGCCCCCCGAAGGCGUCGGAUCCGAGCACCAGCACUAUUACCCUGUCUUGGGAUGUUGCGGUCUCCUCUCAUGGACCAAUUCUUGGCUACCGUUUCGUUCGCCGAGUGAACGGCAGCACCACCGUCGGCUUCACGCACGAGAUCGAGCUAGAUGACCCAGCCCAAGUCGAGUUCAAAGUCACAAUGUUAAGCGCUGGCAACACGUACGAGUUUCGUAUUGCCGCGAGGAAUGCCGCGGGAUGGAGCGAGUACAGUCUCCCGUCGCAGCCACUGCAAACCGUCCAGUCACAACGGACAAGACAAGAUCUAUUGAAACCACCACUGGUGCUGCUUCCCCUACUUGGAAUGCCUCCAAUAGCCAUUUCCCCCUUCAAGGUGUCAUACAACUCUGGGAAGACGCCUCGGUUCACGGACGGCCAGAUCCGGACGGACAUCUGUCCACGCCCUAGCCACUUGAUUCCGUUCCCAAAGGGGGACCCCUACGAUUCGGUGCAUGUACGGGGCGACCGGGAGGCCAAACUGGUGCACUUUGAAGUAUUUGACAGCGCCUACGCUCAGUACUACAACGGCGGCGAGCCGGACUUUACCUACUCUGACCACGUCUUCACGGGCACGGUGGACUACAUUUUUUACUCGAAAAAGGAAUUGGCCGCCGUGGCACUGCUGUCGCUGCCUCCACUGGAAUCCCUGGUUGGCGAAGACGCGAGGGAGCCAGUGAGCGUGCCGGAUGCUGACUAUGCAAGCUACGCACCGGAGCGAUGGCACGGCUGCGCAGGCGAUGCCACGUCAUCGUCACCAAGACGACAAGGUGGCCAUCGAAAAGGUCCCCUUUACAUGGGCGAAUGGUCACCAGACGUGUUGCAGGUUCCGAACCCACGAAGGCAGCACCAUUGGCUUCCAAAUCAAACGUUUUCGUCGGAUCAUGUAGCUCUUAUGGCGAAGAUUGCAUUCCGCGCCGAAGAGUUGGCCGUGGCAUGGAACUAG